GUCUGCAUUGUUUGAGCUCGUUAGAACCCCUCGCAAGUUGUUUGACUGCAUUCCGAUUGUUUUACAUUUGAUUCAACCAAAUUAUAAAUCGAGUUUACGAUUAUUUUGAAAAUAUUUCAGAAUUGAGGCAUUUUAACAGCGAUCAAACUUUCUUUUCACGUGCUGAUGCUGACUGUUGUAGAACUAUAUGGCCUAAACCAGCGAAUCACUUGCAGUUGUUUGUCGAAAGGUAGAAAAGAUUGCGAGACCGUUUGAUAGCUGUCAGAACAAGUAUAUUGUCGGCAUGGAAACGGCGGUGAAAUGGCUCGUGGGCAAGCUGAUGUCGCCGUUGUGGAGGAGGGCAGAAGACGACGAUGUUGGGUUUUAUAUGACUGACACGGAGGAGAUCCGGCGGGUGCCUGGCGGGGUGGUGACACGUCUGUGCCAGGACUACGGGCUCAUCGACGACGCCGUCUACUUCACCGCCCAGGAAGUGAUGGGUGGGGUCCCCCUGCGCGUGGGCGACGGGGUCACCUCCAUCGCCGUGCGGGGGGGCCCCCAUGGGGGCUGGAGAGCGCUCAGGGUGGAGCUGUUGACCGACUCCUGGGAGGAAGGCGGGGGAACGUCCUUGGAGUCGGAGAUGAGUCGCCUCCGGCCGCUCACCGGCACGGUGACGUCGUGCGACCGGGACGGAGGCUUCAUCAACCAGACCACCUUCUUUCCUCGGCGGGCCCUGUGCGACGGUUACGAGCCCAUGAAGGGGGACUGGGUCCAGGCACAGUACUUUAUCAGCGCCACCGAGUGGAGCAGCCAGGCCCACUCUGUCUCUCCGCUCCGGUACCGUCGCAUGGACAACGCGUGUGUGUCCAGUGUGCUGGGCCGCAGUGGCGUGGUGGAGGACAGCGUGUUCUUCAGCCUGGACUCUGUGCUCCUGCCCGGUCAGUACCGGCCCUGCCGCGGGGACCGGGUCAACAUGGUGGUGCUGGAGAGCAGCCAGUCCUUCUACUGCUGGAGAGCCCUGUGCAUGGCCCCCACCCAGCCCAGUGUCAGCGAGGCCAGGCCGGGGCUGGAUGGGGAGAUGGAGGCGCUGCAGGAGAACAGAGGAGGCCUGCUGGUCAGCCAGGACACGCAUUUCAGCAUGCUGAUGCUGGGGGAGUGCCGGGAGCUGGUGGUCUGGAUAGAGAACCACGGCUCCGAGGUGCAGACGCUGAAGCGUUGCGAGUUGGCCGGCUGGGACUCGGAGGGCCAGUUCAGCCUGCGGCCCCUGGCCCGCCUCGCCCCGCCCGACGCCCUCCCCAAGGCGGGGCCGUGGCGGCAGACCCCGGGGCCCGCCACCAUCACCCAGAUCCUGUGGGAGGGGGUCACUCGGUCCCCCCAGUGCCGCGGGCCGUACGGGGGGCUCACGGGCCUCUCCGCCCCGACCCCCGAAGGGCCCGACGGGGCGGGGGACGGGGGAGGCGCCGCGUGGCCCCCUGGGAAGGACCCCGUGAGGGCGGAGGACAGAAACGCAGACAUCGCUCCGGGAGCGAAGCUGUCCGUCACCGUCAGCUGCAGGGCCAAGACCCUGGGCCGCUGCACCGAGAUGCUGCUGCUGCACUUCCCCCUGUUCACCAUCGGGCGGCGCCUGGAGCUGUCGGCGAGCAGCGCUGAGGAGCGCCUCCUGCUGCCCAGCGCCCCCUACAGCCCGUCAGCCGCCCCGCCCAGACCCCCGCCCUCCCAGCAGGUGGUCACCGUGCUGCCCACCGCCCCGCCCACACGGCUGCUGAGGCGCCACCUGCCCAGUUUUUUGGGGAGCUACCCCGUGCCCCAGGCCCUGUGGGACUGUGUGGAGCAGCAGAGCGACGUGCUGGUGGCCCAGCCCAAACUGGCAGAGCCCCUGUCCCCCGCCACGGCGCACGGGCGCUUCUCGGCUCUGCUCUGGCUGGAGGAGGUGCAGGCCGCCCGGGAGCUGCGGGAGUUCAGCCUCAGCGGCGCCCUCCUGAGGAAGGGGGCGCACUACCUGCACUUGGAGGUGCCCGGCCUGGCCGAGGGCCGGCCCAGCGUCUUCAUCGGUGAUCGAGUCACUCUGAAGAAGCCACUCAGCGGAGGGCUGAUGAUGGAGUACAUCAGCUAUGUGAUGGAGAUCAACGACGAGGACCUGAGCCUGCGUGUGAACGCAGACCUGCAGCACAGCUACCUGGGGGAGCCCCUGGACGUGGAGUUCACCUUCAACAGGUUGACCAUGCGCCGGUGUCACUGCGCUUUGGAGCAGACCAGGCAUUUCGGGGAGAACGUGCUGUUCCCCAGCAAGGUUACCCUCCAGGACCCUGUCUGGAAUGGAGAGUGGCUUUCCGGGGACCAGGAGGAGGACCAGGUCCCGGAGGAGGAGGAGGAGGAGGAAGGCCGCUCCUCCCUGACGACACGGGGCCCGAACAUACUGAGCAUGUGCGUGGACAUGGUUUCCGUGGCGACUCAGACCAACCCAGAUGUGGCUGUCCCGCAACGGCCAAUCCCGAAGCCGGGCCAGUUCUUCCUCCCCGCUCUGAACCCCGCCCAGCGGGAGGCGGUGCGGCGCAUCCUGGCGGGCGAGGCCCGGCCCACCCCCUACGUCCUGUUCGGACCCCCCGGAACCGGCAAGACCAUCACCCUCAUCGAGACCAUCCUGCAGGUGUACCACCGGGUCCCCAGUAGCAGGCUGCUGGUGUGCACUCCCUCCAACAGCGCGGCCGACCUCAUCUGCCUGCGUCUGCACCACAGCGGCUUCCUGAGAGACGCCAGUCUGGUGCGCGUCAACGCCACCUGCAGGCAGGAGGAGUCGGUGCAGGAGGUGCUGCGGCAGUACUGCCGGGCGGGGGAGGACCUCCGGCACGCCUCCUUCCACCGCAUCGUGGUCAGCACCUGCUCCAGCGCCGGCAUGUUCUACCAGAUCGGCCUGCGUGUUGGGCAUUUCACUCAUGUGUUUAUAGAUGAGGCUGGCCAGGCCACUGAGCCUGAGGCCAUGAUUCCCCUGGGACUGCUGUCUGAGAGAGACGGCCAGAUGGUUCUGGCCGGAGACCCCCAGCAGCUGGGCCCGGUGGUGAAGUCCCGGCUGGCCUCGGCGUUCGGACUGGGAGUGUCCCUGAUCGAGAGGCUGAUGGCCACGGCCCUAUACUCAGCGGGAGAGAGCGGCUACAACCCCCUGCUGGUGACGAAGCUGGUGUGGAACUACCGCUCCCACGAGGCCCUGCUGGCGCUGCCGUCGCGGCUGUUCUACCGCGGGGAGCUGUGUGCGCGGGCCCCGCGCCGCGUGGUGGAGGCGCUCUGUCACUGGAGACGCCUGCCCGCCCGCGGCUUCCCCCUGCUGUUCCACGGGCUGCGGGGCACUGAGAUGCGUGAGGCGAGCAACCCCUCCUGGUUUAACCCCGGCGAGGCUGUGCAGGUCAUGCUCUACUGCUGCCAGCUCGCCAAGCGCCUUUACAGGCCCAUCGCUGCGUCGCAGAUAGGAGUGAUCGCCCCCUACAGGAAGCAGGUGGAGAAGAUUCGGGUGCUGCUCAGCAGGGUGGGGCUGACGGAGAUCAAGGUGGGCUCAGUGGAGGAGUUCCAGGGGCAGGAGUUUCUGGUCAUCAUCCUGUCCACGGUGCGGUCCAACGACGUUGCGGUGACCGAGGACGUGCAGUACAUCCUGGGCUUCCUGUCCAACCCCAAGCGCUUCAACGUGGCCAUCACCCGCCCCAAGGCCCUGCUCAUCAUCGUGGGCAACCCCCACGUGCUCAUCAAGGACCCCUGCUUCAGCGCCCUGCUGCAGUACUGCUUUGAGAACGGGGCCAUCGUGGGCUGCGACCCCCCCUCCUCUCUCCACGCCGCGCCCCCCGCGUCCGGCCCCAAGCAUCCCCACGGCAACGCUCUGACCGCGGACGACAGGUCAGAGGGUGUCAAAUGCCCGGUGGGACCGAACCCAAAAAACGCGCCCUUCUCUUGAGGUGACAGGGGUUCGCCGUUUACCUUGCCGGUCUCUCUCCACGGACCCCCCUCCUGAACACGGAGACCCCAAAUGAGCCCCCCCCCCCCCGCCUGCAUCUCCUCCUGCCUCCAUUUUGUAUUUUGUGUUGA